AUGUUUUUUCUCCGUAAACAUCUCCCUGGCCACUCUGCCAGCGCGGCUCACGGUGGCCUUUCGGAGGUGUCGCUGCCUCCGCUCCCUUCGCAGCUUCCGCGAUUGCCGUCGGCCCCGUCGCUGCAGCGGCAGCUGCGGAAGGUCCUGGAGCACCACGAGGUGAUCGAGGCCCGUCAAGCCCUGCUACGACGGGAUUUGCAGGAGUUAAUGCAGAUGCUUCCACCAGAGGCCGCUGAAGAUACCAUCGUUGAUGGAAAAAAACAACUAUCCCAUAGUGAUUGA